AUGACCACCUCUCUCUCUUUCUCACAACCCAUCGAGAGGCCUCGUCACCUCCGCCUUCAUUUAUCAUCAAAGGCUUUGGUGACGAGCGACUGUUUCAAAUUGUACUGCAAGGGUUUUCUGAGGGAGGAAACCCUUGAUAUUUGGGGUAGGAAGGUGGUGGUGGUUGGGGCUGGAGUUGCCAUCUGUGAUCGCAGGGACAACUUGAUAUUCGAAAGUAGGAAGAAUCUUAAAAGUUUGAAUCAUUUUGCUGUGCGGAGCAGGAAAACAGCUGAGCUUUUGGCUCUCAUUGACGGCUCUCACUUUGAAGUUGAAAAGGGUCAUAUUUUCCCUUGUCUUGUGUUUAGAGGUGGCAUUAAGUUUGCUUCGAAACUUGCAAUUGAAGCUACAGCUUUUCAGAGCACCUCCUCUGCAGGAACUUGCAAAGCCAUGAGUGUGAAGGAGACUUGUUUGAUUUGCUUUGAAGACACUCCUAUUGCUCGAAUGUUUUCAAUUGGUACUUGCCAUCACAAAUAUUGCUUGGCUUGUAUGAAACAUCAUGUGGAAGUAAAUUUGCAAAGCGGGAUCCUGGCACAAUGCCCUCAUAAAGACUGUAAGUGUGAAGUGAAUAUUAUAACCUGUAAAAAUUUCUUGUCACCUGAACUCGCUGACGUUAUGAUCGAACGAAUCAAGGAGUCUUCUAUUCCUGUCACGGAGAAAGUUUACUGCGCAUUUCCGACGUGUUCUGCCUUGAUGUCCAAAAAGGAGGUCUUGGAACAUACCAAGACUUCUUUUGUUAGUGAGGGAGGCAGGAAGUGCAUGAAAUGCCAGCGUUAUUUUUGUGUCAAUUGCAAGGUUCCUUGGCACUAUGAUAUGAGCUGCUAUGAUUACCAAAGAUCAGAAACCUAUUCCCUCGCAGAAGAGCAAUUGCUAAAAUCGCUUGCAAUGAAGAAACUAUGGCGGCAGUGUUCCAAGUGCAAGCAUAUGGUUGAACUUGAUAGUGGUUGCUACCACAUCACUUGCAGAUGUGGACAUCAGUUUUGCUAUACUUGCGGAGCUCAAUGGAAGAACAAGACAGCAACAUGUUCCUGCCCACUCUGGGAUGAGCAUCACAUUAUACGGCCAUAA